AUGACCAGCACUUAUCGAGCUGUUUCUUGGCUCAUUAUAGUUACAUAUUUAGCAUCAUACGCCUUUGCCAAAUGGAAUGGUCAUAUAGGCGAUUCAUGGGAUUGUGUUUUGGACAACCCACCAAGAAAUAUCGACUCCAAUACCAAGAUUUAUGAUAUUGACUUGUUUGACAGUUCAAAAAAGUUGAUCAAGGACAUUCACUCUAAAAAGAAGCAGGUCAUUUGUUACUUCUCAGCUGGUAGUUUUGAAGAAUGGCGUCCUGAUGCCGGCAAUUUCUCUUCUUCGGAUUUAGGUAAUCCCUUACAUGAGUGGGAGGGCGAAAGGUGGUUGAAUAUAUCGUCUGAAAAAGUUUAUGAAAUUAUGGAGAAACGGAUAUUGUUGGCUAAGGAAAAAGGUUGUGAUGCUAUAGACCCCGAUAAUAUCGAUGGAUAUGAGCAUAAAACUGGAUUCAAAUUGACAAAAGCUGACUCAGUUCAGUAUGUUAAAAAGCUAUCUAAAUUGGCUAAAAAACAAAACUUGGCCAUUGGGUUGAAAAACGGCGGUGAUAUAGUAAAGAAGGUGUUAUCUAGCGUUGACUUUUCAGUACAAGAACAAUGUGGCCAAUAUAGUGAAUGCAAAAAGUACCAGCCAUUCAUCCAUGCGAAGAAGCCAGUUUUCCACAUUGAGUAUCCUCCAAAGAAAAGCAAGCGGAGCAAGGUUCAUUGGCCCUCUAAAGCUUACAAAAAGUACUGCACUUAUAAAAACACCGGCGGAUUCUCCAGCAUUUUGAAGCAGUGGAAUCUAGAUGAAUGGGUUUACCAUUGUCCGAAUAAAUAA